AAACACUAGAGAUGUUACGAAAUUUGUGCUGCACAUUUUCCACGAAUUUCGGAAAAUGCGUUUUCCAAGCGCAGCCCUUUCGUGGCAUGGCGGGCCAUUCGAAGUGGGCUAAUAUCAAGCACACAAAAGCCCUAAAAGACGGAGCGAAAGCGGCAUUAUUUGCAAAGAUUUCGAGGCAAAUCCGUAUGGCCAUUCAGGAGGGCAACUCUGCUGAUCCGGCCAUAAACUCUCUUUUACGUACGGAAAUAGAAAGAGCUCUGAAGCAAAAUAUGCCCAGCGGAACCAUACAAAACACUUUAGCCAAAUUUAAAACCAGUAAAGUGCAGCUUAAAAAGUACCGGCUCGACAUCCGGUACAAAAGAAGCGUAUAUAUGAUAUGCAUUUUCUACACAGACAACUUUUCCGGUGUUAAAAUGGAUGCGACACCAAUGAUAAAGAAAGCCGGAGGUGAAUUUAUGGACGUUGGUAAUCUGUUUGAGGAUUUUGGCCUAAUAGAAACUCGUUAUGAUACAUCAAAGCUCCUCAACGGGUCUAGUUUGGAAGAUAAAGCCACUAAUGAUGCGAUAGAGCUCGGUGCUGAAGAGAUCGAAAUAGUUGACAAUGCCGAAGGGUCAGUAAAGUUCCUGUGCAGUCCUGUUGUUUUAACUAGCUUAAGCAGAAACUUGGAAAAAGCUGGAUACACUGUUGAAAGUAGUGAACACGUAUUUUCUCCAAUGAAUGUUGUGCAAUUAUCGCCAGAAGACCAAAAGGCAUACGACGUGUUUAUAGAAAAACUGAGAAACAUCCCCGGCUUAGAGGAUAUCUAUGACAAUGUUGAAUAAAAGUACCUUGCUGAUUAUUAA